AUGUCCCACAAGGCUGCGACCGUUGACAAGGAGAAGUCUGAACCCACACAGCACAGUACUGAUCAACUCAACAGCAAUGGCUACUAUCUCGACACGCAGUACCUCGACGGUGACCACAGAGAUCUCAAGACCACUGCAGACGGGCACACAGUCCUCAUACCACAACCGAUAGAUGACCCGAACGACCCGUUGAACUGGAGCAAUCGCAAAAAGCACCUCAUUCUCUUUGUCAUCACAUGGCUGGCCUUCCUGCCAGAUUAUGGCAGUUCCAUGGGCGCCGUGACUCUGAUACCCCAGGCCAACCAAUGGCACCUCUCUGAGAACACAAUCCAGCACAACCUGGUCGGCAAUCUCUUCUGCCUAGGUAUGGGCGGCCUCUUCACCGUCGCAUUAUCCUCCUACUUCGGCCGCCUACCCGUCCUGCUCUUCUGGCAACUCAUGGCCCUCGGGACAGGAAUCUGGUGUGCGGCAGCGAAGUCCUUCAACUCCUUCCUCGCCGCGAGGAUCGUGAAUGGUUUCUUCGCCAUUGCGGCGCAAGCGGGCGGACUCAUGUGGAUUAAUGAUAUUUUCUUCUUCCAUGAGCGCCCCAGGAAGAUCAAUAUCUGGUCGGGAGGCGUGAUUCUAUCGCCUUAUCUCGGCCCUUUCACGGCUGCUUUUGUGAUUUGGAAGUUGAGCUGGCGGUGGGCGUAUUGGAUCUAUUCGAUUCUGAAUGGAGUCGGACUUGGUCUGAUCUUGCUGAUUGAUGAAACGCAUUAUGAUCGAGGCAUUCCGACAGAGCAGCAGCCGAUCUGGAAGUCAAAGGCUUUGAGAAUGCUAGGGAUCGAGCGACAUCCACGGGGAAGUUUCCUGCGCUCCGUGUCGAAGCCUUUCGUAGCCAUCUGCAAGAUACCAGUAGCACUCAUCGUGGUCUAUUACUUCCUCAACUUUGCCUGGAUCAUAGGUGUCAACGCCACCAUCUCGACAUGGCUCACGACCUUCUACGGUUUCUCGCCCAAAGGUCUCGGCUUGUUCUACUUCUCCGGCAUCACUGGCUCGAUUCUGGGCGAAGUCUUCGGACACUGGAUCCACGACAUGAUAGGAAGAUUCUACAUCAAGCGACACAACGGGCGAAUCGAUCCCGAAGCUCGCCUCAUAAUCUGCUAUCUUGCCGGAGUGUUGAUGGCAGUCGGCCUCCUGAUUCUCGGCUUCGCACUGCAGUACCACUGGCACUGGGCCUACCUCGCGGUAUUUGACGGGAUGCAAGUCGCUGGGAUCAAUCUUGCAACUACCGCUGUCAAUGCGUACCUUCUCGACAGCUAUCCCGAAGGUAGUGGCGAGGUUUGCGCUUGGAUCACUGUUGGGCGUACGCUGGGAGGCUUCAUGGCGACAUAUAUCGAGAUUCCGUGGGUGGCCGGAACGGGUGCUGCGAAGGUGUUUGGGGUACAGACAGGUAUUACCGCUGCUGCUAUGCUGAUACCAUUGUUCUUGCAGCUGUUCGGGAAGAAGUUGAGACAGCUUCAGGGCCCGAUGAGGUUCCUCGGCGCCAGAAAGUCAGCCUAA